AAACGCGGCUGUAAUCCAACUAACCACAAUCAUGCUGUCACAGCUGUGACUGGCGUUGUCUUGUCACGAGUCAACAAGACGCGACUGCAGUCACCACCAUGACGGCGUAGUCGGCGCACACUCACAAUGUUACUGCAACUUUUAUUCUCAACGUUACAUUUGACCACCGCGGCCGUCACCCAAGAGAAUGGGAAGGAGAAUGUCCGGCUCAACAUGGCAAUACCUAUGCCGAUGCAGAUGCCGAACCGCAACGACCGCGCCGACCAGUGCUGGCUGAGGGUCGAAGACGCCGACUACAGCGACACCGUAACCCUCUUCUGCUACAUCGCCAACGCAUUCCUCAAAGACUUUUUCUACGAGUACAACAAGAAAAAGUCAGCCGAGGAGGGGGUCAAUUCUGACUCCUGGAAUAUAGACCCUCGGGAUCCUGCAGAGACCACGGGCUCCAGAAACUUCGGCUUCGUGAACUAUCAGAAGCCCGUGAAGGACUGGCGGUCUACCUCCGUCUUGGACCCCACCACGCAUAGACGCAUCUACGUGUCGCAGAAAGCCGACUGUCGCAUCAUCAUGUAUAGCAGAGAAGCCAUGUCCAACUACAGAGUGGACUGCCAGAAAGUGUUGUUCUUCAUCAAUGAGAGGGCGACAGGGCGUUCCGUGAUUCUCGAACCCAUUUCAGUGACAUUUGUUAUGGCGGUUUUCCUUGUGUUGUGUAUAAUGUGAUUCAAAUUGCCUGUGAGGUUCCAGUUUUUCUGCAUUUGUUCUAUCGAAAGUACCUACCUGCCUGCGAUAAAAGACGUUAAUUAGUCUCGUGACUCACGUGAAGCAAAUAAAAUAGUUAAGUAUUUAUUUUUGUAAAUAUAGUGUUAUGUUUUCUGCUA